CUUUCUUUCCCACCGAACCGCUCGAACCCCUCUCUCUUCCUCUCCCUACGCGGCCACUCUGCUCUCGCACCCAACCCUAGCUCCCGACGAUGCGCCGCCGCCCACCAUCUUCCCCCACCGUCUGCCUGCUUUGCCACCGCCCCCACCUUCUCCCCCUCGGCGCAGCACAUCUGAAACGAAUGAGCGCAGCACCUCCUCUCCCGGAUUCCGUCGCAUCCCGUGGUCGCCGCCCUCGUCUCCCUCGGCGCGGCGCUUCCCCACCGACGACCUCGAUGCCCAUCCCCCCACCGGCGCCGCCCCCACCAACCUUCUCUCUCUCUCUCUUCCCUUGGCCGGCGCACGCUUGUGGAGGCAGACCCGCGACGCGCCACCUCCGCCCCGUCGUCGUCGGCGGCUGCUCGUCAACGGCCGUGGUCCAGAAGCACAGCUUCGCCUGGCCGCGACGGAUCUGCGCAAGGGCCGCGCUGGGCGAGGAGCCCCCAUGCUCGGCCGCCACUUGGUUCGCUCCUCUUCUUUCGGCCACCGGGAGAGGACCUCGUGACGGCGAUGCUACCGGAUCCGCGACGGAGGUGCUCGAGGUCGCGCGCAGCGACAGGAGGCCGAAAUGUUUUGUUGUGGAGACCACGGAUGGGACUAUCGCAGUUGCUUCUGUGUUUCGCGGGCAUCAGGAAGCGGUACAUUACAGGGAUCACAAGUUCUUGUCGAAAGCGGUAGAAGAGGGAGUUAACUGUGGCCAUGGAGGCCUGUUUGGCUCCGACGCCAUGGAUGCCGCUGCGCUCUCUCAUCGUCCUCCUCCCUGACCCCUAGGCACAUCGGGCCGCUGUGCUUCUUCUAGUUUCACAUGUAGGCUUUUCAAAGGAUUUUGGAUGCUGAUAAUAUCAACUUAGUUCCCUGAAUGUGAUAUAUAGAUUCUUCCCUUGCUUUUAACUGAUUGCCAGAAACUGUACAUCCCUGGUUGACAGUCAUGAACUUUUAUUGUUGGUAAUCUAAAAUAUUCUGCAUAUUUAGUGUCCAAAUACAGUCCAAAGAUAAAUCUUAGCUGUAAAUAUUCUGCAUAUAUAGUGUUCAAUUUGAUCUAUAAGAUCUGAGUUUAUUGUACUAUUAAUGUUUGCUGCAUAUAUUGCUGCCAAUCAUGUUUGCUUAGAUGUUUGGCUUCCUACUUUUGUAUUGUUUUGUAAUGGAUUAGUGACCGGCCUAAAUGCUUAUAUACCUGCUGAUGAUCUACGUUGCCUUGCAUGUAAUGGAUGUCUGGUCCCUGCAAUCGAGCAUGUACUAUUUAACCCCCGAGAGCUAAUCACGCAAACAGGGUGCUCAUGUGUGCUCCGGAUUAAGUUUCCUGGUGUUGUUCUGUUGGCUCGUCUCAGUAGGAUUCAGUUUGGUGAGGGUUGACAUGAUUGGUGAUGCUGUAUUAUUGUGUCUGUUUGACUUGAGUUAUUGUACAGUUAGGGUCGCUUGUCGUGUCAGGGUGUCUGACUGCAAUCGUUGGCUUGCCUGAUGCUAAAUUCUAGAUACUGUCAAUAGCUUGGUUCCUAAGUUCUAGACAAGUAAAAGGGAUACACCUUCAGUUAAUAAACGACGAAUAGUAUGUUCUAGUGUUGCAUCAGCAAGUGAAAGCAGUUCCUUGCUUUGUCCAAUGGAAACAAUCACUGGAAGGGAUAUGUUGGUCUUGCAAGAGGCAAACACACUUGGAAUGUGCAGGAAAUGUUGCAUUAUCUCAUUUAGACAUGCAUAUCAUCAUACUGGACUGCUUGGCCUUUACUCCAGCAUGUGCUAGGAUAUACAAGACCUGGAAAUAGAAAAUUAAAUUGAUAGCAAAGUUAUUAAACUCGGAUGGUUAGUGUGUAUUAUUAAGUGCAGUUGUGUUGCUUCUGUUUAUCUCGCCUUGUAGCGAAGGUUGAUAAGGGCUUAAAUAAGUAUCGUAGUUGCACUCAGGCAUAGGUUGAUAGUAAAGUUAUUAAUCUCGGAUGGUUAGCGUGUAUUAUUAAGUUUAUUAUUACUCAAGCACUUGCACUAUCACUGGAUUCCUUGUUAAGUUACUCGGGUUGCUUAAGUUUAUUAACCUGAUAGGUACAAAUAAUACAGAAACUUCACUAGAUUUCUUUUCAUCCUCACAUGAUACCUCUUGUAUAAUUUAUUCCUCAUCCACUGUUAAGAAAAAGAACAUCAAGUGAAUCAUUGGGAUCUGUUUCUUGCAUAUACUUGUGAAGCCCAGUGGCUAUCAUAAAAAAAUCUGGUAACAGGAGCACUUUGAUUUGUAGCUGCUAUUGUCAUAUCUACUACUUGUGGUUCCCUCAAAUUAUCUAUAUCUGCUAUUGUCAUAUCUCUAUUCACAUGUAACGCUGAGAUAUAACGCUGCCAAUUUGGGAAAAUAGCGCAGUCUUAAGAAGCAUGCUCUCUUAAUUAUAAUUGUUUUUACUAGAAAACAACUGAUCUUAGGAUGUUAAAGACUUCUGUCAUAUCAUUCUUCUUGAACCAUGUGUUGCUCGUGGUGUUUAUCUGAUGCAUGUACUUGUACUGUCUCUCUGGACUGCUAGUGUUACAAAUCCUUCAUGGUGCUAUUGAAUACUCCUGCUGCCACACAAGACGACCAAGGUCCGCUCUGCUCUGCUGCUAUCCCUCGCUCUAGCUCCAUUCGUUGCUGCACAAGAAAAACAGAGACAAACGAAAACUAAUUAUCUAAGGUCCUGUUAUUAUUACCUAUAUAUGACAUUGCUACUGGAUUGCCUAGCGCCCCCUGUUCAUGGUGGGCUAAACUUGUAUUUGCUCCUGCUGCUGCAUUUUGAUGAUCAUGAGUGUGAUGCAUUUUGAUGAUCUCCUUGUACCAGAUGAGUCCGUCGAUGAAGCGGCAGCGUCUCCUCUAGAGGGUGACGGCGGCGGCGGCGCCUGUGUGCGGCUUCGACUACAACCUCCUCUCCGGGCGACCCUAGAAGGCAUAUCACCGUUCUGUUAGCCCAGUCCUGACAGGAGCAGGCGCCUAGUUUACGAUCGCUAUCGGAAGAGCUCCAUGCUGAAGAACAUAGCUCGUAACUAUCUUGUUAGUACACAUGUGGAGCUUGUAACCGUGAUUGCCAUACUUUUAGAGCUUGUAGCUACUUAUUACACUUGUAGAGCUUCUGGUAGAGCAUGUAUAUGUUGGAGCUUAUUACGUGUAGAGCUUGUAGAUCUUGUAAAGUAUUGUAUAUGUUAUUACCUGUUAUUUGUACAACAGGAGCUCUGUACUGAAUC